CGAAUAAGCACACGUUUAAAAAAUGUCAAAUCUUUCCACGAGGUUGAUUCUUGUCUUGUUGUUCACUACAAGUCUCAUUAUUAAUAUUCACGCUGAUGCCGUCAAGAAGUAUACUAUUCAACCAGGUUCAUUAACUGUGUCGGGUAUUAGUGCUGGUGGUUUUAUGGCUGUUCAAACACAAAUUGCCUUCAGUAAGUCUGUAAAGGGAAGUGGUAUUGUUGCCGGAGGUCCAUAUUAUUGUGCUCAAGGUCAAAUGAUGAAUGCCUUGAUGGGUUGUAUGAAGUCACCAAGCUCAAUUUCAUUGAGUUCAAUCAGUGGUCAAGUUGCUGCCUAUGCUAAGGAUGGUUCAAUUGACCCAAUUGACAAUGUUAAGAAUCACAAGAUUUACCUCUUCUCUGGUACUCAAGACUCAGUUGUUGCUCCUGGUGUUAUGGCCAAGCUUGCUGAACAAUAUACCUCAACUUUUGGUGUUGAUAAGGCCAACAUCAAGACUGAUUUUAACACUCCUGCUCAACACUCAAUGGUCACCAAUGACUAUGGUAACUCAUGUUCAUAUUUGGGAUCUCCAUACAUUAACAAUUGUAAUGUUGAUAGUGCUGGUGCUUUCUUCAAGCAAGUUUACCCAGAUUUCAAGGAAGGUGGUAGUGCUGUCUCUUCUAACUUGUUCACUUAUAAGCAAUCUGGUAAAUACAGUGCCAGCAGUUUCUCUGAUACUGGUUAUAUUUACAUUCCAACUGCUUGUCAACAAGGUGCUGAAUGUAAGGUUUCUGUUGCUUUCCACGGUUGUAAUCAAGGUGCUUCUGUUAUUGGUACUGCCUAUGUUUCCAAUGCUGGUUACAAUAAGCAUGCUGAAAUCAACAAUAUCAUUGUUGUCUAUCCACAAGUUGGUGUUUCUUACUUUAACCCAAUGAAUGCUCAAGGAUGUUUCGAUUGGUUCGGUUACUCAAAUGCUAAAUAUGCUACAAAGAAGGGUGAUCAAAUGGUUGCUAUUGCUAAUCUCUUGAAUGAUCUUGGUUACUCCCUUUAAUUGGUGGACAAUUUCCAUAUUUAAAUAGAUAUCGAUUUAUGAUAUAUGCAAGUUUAAUCCUUUUGAACUUGUUGUUUAAUUUAUUGUAAUUAUUAAAUAAUUUUCUCUCACUGAUUUAUUCU